UUAUGUUAAGGGGUACUCUGACAGGUACAUGUUAUGUUAAGGGGGCACAAAUGGACACAUACUGUGGAAAGGGGCACUCUGAUGGGCACAUAUUAUGUUAAGGGGUACUCUGACAAGCACAUUUAUAUUAAGGGGCACUCUGAUGGGUACAAAUAUGUUAAAGGGCACUCUGAUGGGCACAUUCUAUACAGGAGCUGUGUCGGGAUUCUUGUUGAAGGAUGCUUGUGUACAGGCAGGGAGCGGGAGCUGGAGAGACAGUGAGCUGCAAGGGGCUGGGCACACACGUGAUGUCAUUGCCGUGAUGACCACCCUGCUCAGCAGCAGAUCUGUCAUUGUGGGCUGACGGUCCAGAAGGGAGUGCUGCUGGGGCCGUUCUCGGACCACGAUCUGCCAUUUAGUGACUGCUGAUAUAAAGGAAU